CAAAUCCCGGGACCUCCUCCUUCACCUGCCCCCGCUUCCAAGCCCCGCUGCCGGCGUCUCCAUUGGUUGUUUCCCUCACGGCGUCACCAACGAAACCCUCCCGUUCAAUGGCUGGUUUCCUGGAAACCUGCUCCUGGAAACAUUAAGUGUAACAGUUCUGCAGACGGUCGUCAGCGCCAGGGGCUUGUCAGGGUUACAGCCGCGGCUCAGUCCUUUCAUGCUGCUGCGCUCUGUCAUCUCUGCAGACGUAUCCCUUUCACACAAGCUCUGAAGGCGAAGCAUUUUACUUGUGCCCUGGUAGCUCUUCUUGAUAAUAAUGAAUAAGUUUCUGAUUGUAUUUGAUUUUGAUGAAACCAUCAUUCAACACAACAGUGACUAUGUCAUCCUCAAAUGUAACCCAGACCAAAGUCUUCCAGAAGGACUGGUACAGCCCCAGGAGGAAGAAUGUUGGAGUGAGUAUAUGAGCAAGGUAUACCAGUACUUUGGAGAGAAGGGUGUCAAAGAAGAAACCAUGAGAAAGGUUCUAGGAGAAACGCCACUUACAAAAGAGAUGUUAACCCUGUUUCAGUUUCUUAGAAAGUCCUCAGAUUUAUUUGAAUGCAUUAUUAUCUCUGACGCCAACACCUUUUUUAUCAAUAGCAUUCUUCAAGCAAAUGGCCUAUCCACUCUUUUCCAGAAAAUAUACACAAAUCCUUCAUGCUUUGAUAACAAAAACACCUUUAUAAUAAGUCCCUACCAUUCCCACAUGUGUGAGCAGUGUCCCGUUAAUAUGUGCAAAAGACAGAUCCUGCAUGAUCACUUAGUACAACGUGCUGAAGAGGAAGUUGAAUUUGAGAAGAUCUUCUACGUUGGAGAUGGCACCAAUGAUUUCUGCCCUUCUGUAGCCUUGACACCAACUGAUGUCAUCUUCCCAAGGAAGAAUUAUCCACUGGAUAGUUUGAUCUCCGAGAUCAAAAUGACAGAACCAUCUGCAAUUCAAGCUCAAGUGGUUCCCUGGGAGUCUGGAGAAGAUAUAUUGCUCUUCCUUGAGGAUUGCACAGGCAGAUAAUGUUGCUCCCAAAUCCCUAAAAGAGCUUCAGAAAGAAUUACCAGUUUUCCAGUAGCAAUUUAAAAGCUUUUUUGGGAAACAGUAUAGUAAAAUUGCAUGAUCUUAAAGCUUACUGAAAUACUUAAUAAUUUUACUAGUUCAGGGUCUAACACUUAUUUUCCUAUCUCAACAAUGCUAGUUAUUUGGUCAACAAUGUAAAAGCUGUGAUUAAACACUAAUUAUGAAUAUCUCAUAUACCUUCCCCUAUAACAGAGAAAAGUAGUUAUAAAUUAGCUGCUAAUUUAGCUGGGGAGAGGGGUUGUACCAGCACACAGUGGUAGAAAUAUUUAUAUUGUGGAUAUGUCAGUGUGAUUUCAAUUUUCAAGACAGCUUCAUCAGUAAUUUAAAAGUUGUAAAGGAAUGAGUAAAUGUUCCUGUGAUAUUGUACUAACCAAACUAUGUAAUCAUUAUGCAGCCAUCUGCCACAUAUCAGUAUGUUUCAAAAAUUUAGCCAGCCCAUAUCAAUGUUUUGUCAAUUCUAUGACAUUUCUAUUGCAAGUUUCCAUGGAAUCUUUCAGAAUGCAAUCCUUAAACUUCUGCGGGACAAAAUAGAAAUCAAGAAAUUAUCUUCCUUAUUUAAUUUCUGUAGUGCAUUGACUCUAAAUACAACCCUGGGAAAGGAAGCAAGUAAAAACCACAAACUGUUUGAAAUAGACAUUUGGAAGUAUCAAUGAAAUCUAUCAAACAAUGAAUAUAUUUAACCAAUGGAGUACUGGUCGAUAAAUUUUCAUUGCUCCUAUUUAAACAGUGCUAAGCUGAUUUAAGAUCUGGUUUAGUUUCAUCCAGUGUUAAUCUAACCAGAUACUGGAUUGGACAUACAAUAAGAUAACAUUACAACUAAAGAGAGAAUACCAGAAAAUACCUAAGGUGUUCGGCAUUUGUAAUGAAACCAAAUUACUGUCGUGCUUAUGUAAAUAUUUAUGUUUAUGAAAUUCUUCUGCAUUUUAAAACUGGCAUUAAAUUGCUUUGGAGACCCUUGGUCGGUUUCAUGCAGGGUUACUGGGGAACUGAUUAUCAGACGUGUAUUGCGUGCAAAGCAGUGUGUGCAUUAGAAUUGUGAUUUUCCUGGUCGUUCUUGUGACUGUGUGCCUAAUAGGAAAUGUUAAUUGGGCCAUUUUGAAGCUGUCUUGCCCCAAAGUUCUGUAUUGGAUGCUGGAAACGGGCACCUUGCAACUCAACAGCCUAAGGAAUAUUAAACUUUUGGGGUUGGGCUAGGGAUUAUAGGAGCUGGGGGCCCCCAAAAAUUAGGAAUGAUUUGCCUUUUAAAAUGGAGUCAUUGGGACCACUCAAGGCCUGCGCAACUGCAGCUCAGGUAGGGAUGUGCCCUCUGAUCAGGCCUUGCUCCUGGGUUUGUGGCUCAGAUCAUUUCUUAAGCCUCUAUUUGCCAGAAAAUGGCUGAGGCAACAUCAAUCAUCCAUAUUGAUGUUAUUGCUGUGUUCCCGUGAGUCUCUAUGCAUACAGUAAAUGCAUGGAGGCCUCCGUACAAUCUACCAAAGCACACUAGAUGCACAUAGGGUUGUGCUUUUCUGGAAUAAAACUACUACAUAGCAAAUAAAAACACUGCGCUACCUGAUAAUAUUUCUAACCAAUGGUAUCUUAGCAUUCAAUUAGAUAAUUCUGAUGUCGAAGAAAUUAACAAAUAGAUAAUUCAGGACAUUUAUGAAAACUGCUAAAUUCAGAAAACUGGCAUGGAAAAUCGCACCGUAAAAAAAAUAUUGCAACUGGAUUAAUCACAGGGCAUGAGUUGCACUGUACUGCCAUUCAGAUGUCAGUACAUAAUGUAUAUCACUGAUAAGACUUGAAGUGUGAAGAUAUCUAUAAUGUUACUAAAAGGUCUCAACGGUUCACAAAAUGAAACAGUUGGACAAAGUUCAGGAAUUAAAAUAAUUUAUUAGCUGUUGUAAAAUGUAAUACAUAAUAUUUAACCUCUAAUGGUAACAUAUUUAACUAAAUUGGGUAGGUUCAUUUGUAGAUUAUUAGACCAUCAGACUGAAGAUGGUCUAAUAAUCUAGAAUGUUAAUAAACUUUAGUGCAGCCAGAAUAAAAUUAGAUGAAAAUAGCUGCUAAUUUGUCAGCAGUUCAAUUCCACACCUGCCUGUGUGAAAUGUACUGCCAUUACAUUGUUCAUCUGCAACUCAGUGUUACUCAGUGCUGACAAGUGUUGAAGUUUGUCUUGGGCAGGAAUGGAACUCAGGAAAUAAUUAAUUUGCAGCCCAUUUUGUGCUUGGCCCGGUUUUCCAUACCGUCAAGAACAGAGAAUGGGAAAAUUCUAAUUAAAAAAGGAAAUUUCCACCACAAAUUUACUUGCUAAUAAAAAGAAUGGUUAAGGUUCUAUUCUUGUGUGAAGUUGUAGAAUCUGAAUCUCAAGGGAGCAAACUGUAAAAGGAAAGGUUUAACUUUCCCCAAAAAUGGAACACAGGGUAUUGUGUUUUUGUUUUGAUACAGCUUUCUUUUCUUCAAUGGCUGCCCCAAGGAAGCAAGUAUUGAAGAACGAUACAUUACUUCAUAUUUUAAAGCAUUUUUCUUAGAGGAAAUGGGUCCUGCGCUAAAUUAUAACACACAUUCUGAAAGCAACAUGCAGGCUAACAUUGAAUUUGUUUCUAAAAUGCAUGAAUUUUUGCAAGUUACAGACUUCCUUUGAUAGGUUUGUAUUUUGUUUACACAGAGCAGGGUGUAGGCAGCUGAAGGAACAGACACCAAUGAUCGGGAAAGGAAAAGAGAUGGACAGGAGGCAAUUGAUCCCAUGUUGCAAAUAUUGGAAUUUGUAUAUAUCUAAACUGCUCAAUAUUAUACUUUCACAUGUUAUUACAGAGCAUAGGACUGAACUACACAAAUUACUUUUAGUCAAUUCCUGGUGAUCUCUUUAUGCCCAAGAUUGCAAUGAUUUAAAUUCUAAGUUCCUGAUACAAAAUCUGGAUGCAGUUUCCCAGAAAUUUUGUUCUAAUUUGAUCGUUUUGGGGCCUAGGUGAAGAAACCGAUUUAGCUGCUCCAGCCUGUACCACCUCUCGUGUUUCAUCCAAAACUUGGAGCACACUGAAGUGCAAGUGUGAAUGUGAUACAUCUUGUACAGGCAAAUGCAACAAAGUGUAAAUAUUCAGAAUUGUGCUCCAUGCAUGAGAGGAUCCCAGAGUUGUUCAAUCUGCACCAGCUAUUGAUACACAUGCAGUAGAUUUGGUGAUAUCUAAAGUCUGAGGAGUUCUAUUUAAGUCUUGUACUAGUGAAAACAUGGAAUAACAUAUAUGUUUGUUGUCAUUUUAUAUUCUAUUUUGAUACUGGGCAGCUGUGCCACCUUUCAACACUAACCGAGACAGGGUAAGAAAACUAGUAUGUAACCUGCCUUUACAUUUUCAUUCAUUUAUAAGUGCCAAUUUAGCAAGUAACUCCUAGUGUAACACUGUGGAGCAAAAGGUCAGUUGUCUGCUUUGACAGUUUAGAUUCAAAACUGAAUUUGGUUUCCUACAAAGUUGGAAGAUCCUGCUAUCAUUGCUUUUGGAUGGCUUUUGAAUUCAUGUAGAAUAUUAAAAGGAUUGCUCGAAUUUCUACCAUGUGUGUGCUAAUGCACAGUUAUAGACAUAAAUAUAUGCUUAACUAUAGAUAACCUGAAUGGCAUCCACAAAAGUCUACAGCAACUUGAAUUAAUCUCACUUUUUAUUUUGAGAAUGUAACUUGAACCAUGGAAAAACUAAAGAUGUGAAGUAUAGAUUAUCUAAUAUUUAACAUUUCUUGAUAUGUUAAAGUUCACAAAAUUAGAUAUAAAUUUUCCUUUACCUUGUAUGUUUAUUGUUUAAUUUGUCUUUAUAUUAUAAUGAAAGCUCAUUGACGCUUUAGCCGAAGGGACAAAUUGGUAUAGAUUCCAGUUUUGAUCAGAAUUGUUGAAUGAACACAUUAAUUUGGCUUUGAAGCUGUAAAUCUGUUAAAGUCGAGCUCUGAUGCAAUUUAUGAUGAGUGUGACUUAAGUUGUUAAAUGUCUAAACUGAUUUUAAAAAAAUGUAAACAUUUUCUAAAGUGAAAUCAUAAUGAUAUGCAGCAUUUCUGGUUAUUCUUUUAGUGAAUGAAAACUAUUCAUUUUAAUCUAUUUUGUGGUCAUUUUAUCUUCAUGUACCUUUUGCAUAGACAUUAUUUAUCUCAUGGCUACCUGUAAACCAUCAGAUAUCUAGUAACCUUGGAGUGAAAUACACUUGUCUAACUAUUAGUUGACCAGAUGAGAACAACAACAGAAUUGCUAGUAAUGACUGGCAUUGAUUGUAUUUGAAUGUGACCACUUGACAAGUGGAGGACGCUUGAUCCCCAUGGAACCAUAUUCCAGUAAGGUGCCUUCCGGGAGAAGAUGAAAAAACAUUUGUAAUGAAAAACUGGCAAAAACACAUCUGAUAUUGUACAUUCAAUGUGCAAGUGACCCCAUAGAAUGUUUUACGUUCUUAAGGGACUGAUACAAGAUGUUUUAAAUUUUUAAGUAUGAACCGCAGGGAUAUUGCAAAGGCACUUUAACCAGAAGAUGUAAUAAAGUAUUGAAUAAGGCCUGGAAUUAAAUCUUUCUACAUUUGGAGCAAUAUAUUACUUCUGCCAUUGUAUUUAAUUGUAGCUUUUUGUGUGUAGACUACCUUGGAACCUUCCGCAGUGAUUUGCUUGUUUUGAUGUAGCAUACCUUAAUAUAGGGAAAAAGCAUAGUGUAAAAGUGUCUAAUAAAAUGAGAUGCUAAUACAAAUUUGUCAUUAAUUCAUAAACAGAUUGAAGAAUUCAUAUAUUAGCACAAUUUUAAUUCUGAUUUGUGUUUUGUCAAAAUGGAACCUGUUCUUUAAAUAUCUCAGAAAUGAUUUGGAAUGAUGCUAAUCAGGAUUAGUGUUUAACAUACCAA